AUGCACAUGUUCGGCUCUUCUCAGCCCUCAUGGGCGAGAAUAUUAACCGUCGCUCUUGCGGGAGCAUCAACAGCUCGAGCCGUUACAUUGGACGUUGAAGAUAGCGUGAUUGAUUUCAUCGCAGAUUCCAUCAAAAUAGCCGCAAGACAAGUAGCCACGAACAUGAUGUCCUACUAUACCGGAAACAGGCCCGGUGACAACCCGGGAAAUCUACCAGAUCCAUACUACUGGUGGGAAGCUGGUGCAAUGUUCAAUGCAUUGAUCGACUAUUGGUUUUAUACAGGCGACGAUAAAUGGAACGACAUUACCACGCAGGGUCUACUAUGGCAGGCGGGCGAUACUGGUGCUUUCAUGCCCAACAACCAAAGUAAAACAGAAGGAAAUGACGACCAAGCUUUUUGGGGAUUUGCAGCGAUGUCCGCUGCGGAACGAAACUUCCCAAACCCCCCCUCUGACAAAAUGGGCUGGCUCGCCAUGGCCCAGGCAACGUUCAACACACAGGCGCCUCGCUGGGAUAACUCGUCAUGUGGGGGCGGACUACGGUGGCAAAUAUUUACAUGGAAUAACGGGUAUAGCUACAAGAACACCAUUUCUACUGGCGGAUUCUUCAAUUUGGCUGCGCGUCUUGCGAAGUAUACCGGAAAUUCGACAUACCAGGACUGGGCGGAGAGGGCUUGGGACUGGACCGAGGACGUCGGAUUCAUGACACACGACUAUCACUUCUGGGAUGGUGCAAGUGAUUUGACCAAUUGCACUGAGAUCAAUGAAAUCGAGUGGACCUACAACAACGGUGUCUUCCUACUCGGUGCGGCGAACAUGUGGAACAUAACCUCUGAUCCCAAAUGGAAAAAUCGUGUCGAGAGAAUUCUUGAAUCGUCUGAAGUUUUCUUCUCAGACAACCCAAAGAAUGUCAUGUUUGAACGAGCCUGUGAGCUAGUCAACACAUGCAUGGUCGAUCAACGAUCAUUCAAAGGCUAUCUCGCCCGCUGGAUGGCGGCCACCACGCAAUUAGCCCCAUUCACCUAUGACACAAUCAUGCCCAAGCUCAAAGCAUCCGCAACAGCAGCUGCAAAAGCCUGCGAUGGUGGACCGGAAGGCACUACGUGUGGCCUCAAGUGGACAGAGCAGAAAUGGGACACAACCACAGACUUUGGCCAGCAAAUGGCGGCUCUCGAGGUGAUCCAGGCAAACCUCAUCACGAAGGUUGCUGCACCGGUCACUAGCGAUGAUGGCGGUACUAGCAAGGGCGAUCCUAGUGCUGGUGGAAAGCCCCCACAGCCUACACCCGAUGCGUUGUCAUACCCCAUCACAACGGGUGAUCGAGCUGGGGCCGGUAUCUUGACGGCCAUGAUGAUGAUCACUCUUGGAGGAUCUGCUGGUUGGCUUAUAUGGGAUUGA